CCGCUAGGGGGCCGAUGCCGGCUCGGGAGCCGCCAGCCAACCAGCGCUGCCCUCAUUUGCAUACAGUCAGAGAAGGUAAUGGCUCACUCAGGAGAGAAAUUCCCUCAGGAUUCUGCCAUUCAAGGCUGAGGAAUUAACCAGGAAGGAAGGAAGGCAGCCAGGCCAUGGUUUCCCUCCUCCAGAAGAUGUUUCAGGGCCGGGUCCUGAUCCUCACUGUUGUUGCGGCCGGAAUCGGGGGCUCCUUCCAAUACGGAUACAACCUCACCAUCAUCAACGCCCCGACGGAGCCCCUCCAGGCCUUUGCGAACGCCUCCUGGUUGGCGCACUGGGGGUCCCCGCUGGGGGUCUUUGGGACGAAGCUGUGCUGGUCGCUGGUGGUCUCCCUCUUCCCUCUGGGGGGCCUGGCGGGGGCGCUGCUGGCCGGACCUCUGGCCCUCAAGGCAGGACGGAAGAAAUCUCUGCUCCUCAACAACGCCUUUGUCCUCCUCUCGGCCGUGUUGGUGGUCAGCAGCAGGUCAGCAAAGUCCAUUGAGAUGGUCUUCCUGGCACGCUUCCUGGCUGGAAUCAACUCUGGGGUGGGGUUGAAUGUCCAGCCCAUGUACUUGGGGGAGAGUGCCCCACGCGACCUCCGCGGCUGCGUCUCCUUGACCGGCGCCGCCUUCACGGCCCUCGGCCUGGUCCUGGGCCAAGUGGUGGGGCUCAGGGAGAUCCUGGGGUCGGAGGGGGCCUGGCCCUUCCUGCUGUCCAGCAAUGCUGUCCCGGCCGUCCUGCAGCUGGCCCUCCUGCCCUGGGCCCCUGAGAGCCCCCGCUUCCUCCUCAUCGACCAGAAGGACCCUAAGGCCUGCCUGGAGGCGCUGCGGAGACUGAGGGGCACGUCGGGGUCCCUGGAGGCGGAGGUGGAGGAACUCCUGGCGGAAGAGGCUGCCGUCCGGGGUAAAGUGGCCCCCUCGCUCCUUGACCUCUUCUGUGCUCGGGAAACCCGCUGGCAGCUCCUCUCUGUCGUGGUCCUCUCCUCCGCCAUGCAGCUCUGCGGGAACGACUCCAUGUACUCCUACGCCUCGCAGGUCUUCCAGGAGGCUGGGAUCCCGAGUGAGAGCAUCCAAUACUGCAUCAUCGGCACCGGAAGCUGCGAGCUGCUGACCGCCAUGCUCUGCACGGUGGUUAUCGAGAGGGCUGGCCGGAGGGUCCUGGUGGUCGGCGGCUACAGCCUGAUGUCCCUCUGGGCCCUGGUCUUCACCUUCGCCCUCUACUUCCAGGAAAGCUUGGCGUGGAUGCCCUACGUCAGCAUGAGCUGCAUCUUCGCCUACAUCCUCAGCUUCGGCAUCGGGCCCGCCGGGGUCACGGGGGUCGUCCCCAUGGAGGUCUUUGACCAGGUCUCCCGCCCGACCGCCUACGUGGUUGCGGGGUCACUCAUCUGGGCGAACCUCUUCCUGGUCGGCACCGCCUUCCCUUUCCUCGUGGACGCCCUGGGCCCCUUCUGCUACCUGCCCUUCCUGUUCGUCUGCCUCUCGGCCGCCCUCUUCCUGGGCCUCUUCCUCCCGGAAACAAAAGGGAAGACCUUCCUGGAAAUUUCUGCUGAGUUCAGGAAGCGCAACUUCCCCCAAGGCCAAGCCCCCCUGGAGGUCUGCAGGGAGGAAGAGGAAGUGGAAGAGGAAAAGGAAGAAGAGAGGGCCACCGCACUUUGAGAGGGACAGAUGCCUCCCCUUUGCUGCUCUUUGCACUUUUGCACGGCACUUAAAGCAAUGUAAACAAACCCUUUUGACGCUGGAAUGGGGGCCAUGCCCCUUCCUAAGGCCUUAAUGUAUAUAUAUACAUAUAUCUAUAUAUAUAUGGAGAGAGAGGGUAUUGCACUGCAUCAUCCAUAAUCUCCACACUGGUGCAUGAGAGGGAAGCCUCUUUCCAAAUCAGUAUUAAUCAUAUUAAUCAUGAAUAUUGAAUGUAAUUUUAUUGACAUAUUAUUGACAUUGCAAUCAAUUUAUUAUUAUUGUCGUUAUCAUUGAUAAUGAUGAAAUCGUGUUUGUUUGACUGAAGAAAUCAAUGCAAUUGUAAGGAAACUACUCUUUA